UAUAUUAUAUAAAUUAUAUAUAUAUAUAUAUAUAUCUGCUAGGGUUUAACAAACCCAAGAGCUCCAUCAUCUAGGGUUUAAAGAACACCUCUUAUUUGAUCAUUUGAACUUCAAUCCAAACCCUACAACAUUUCGCUCCACGAAUGGCUUUCUGGGGGGUUGAGGUAAAACCUGGAAAACCAUUCACUCAUUCAUUUGAUCGGAUCAGAGGAAGGCUUCGCAUUUCUCAGGCAACGUUGGGGAUUGGCUCGUCUACAAAGACUAGCUUAGUUCAGUGUAAUGUAGGAGAUAAGAGUCCUGUUUUUCUAUGUGCUUUGUUGCCUGAUAAAAUAGAAUCAUGCCAUUUGGAAUUGGAAUUUGAAGAGGCUGAUGAAGUUGUCUUCUCUGUUAUUGGUCCUCGAAGUGUUUACCUCACCGGUUACUAUUUGGGUAAUGGCCGACACUCAAAUCUAAAUGACGACACAGAUUCCUACGGGGAGGAUAUUGCAAACUCAGAGACAGAACGAUCAACUCAUUGCAGCGAUGAAGAUGAAUAUGAGGAUAGUUUUAUUGAUGAUGGUAAUGUUGAAGUUUUUCCAGCUUCUCCUAUUUCGAAUGACAGAGAGGUUGAUGAGGAGAUGUUGGAUAUGAAGAAGCCAAGGAGGAAAAGUAUCCGUAAACGACUUAAGAAGAAUUACCAGUCAAUUGAAUCUGACGAUGAUGAUGACAAUAAUUCCCACCAAAAACAUAUUAUCAAUGAAUGCACGGGUGUAUCAGGACUAGUAAGUGAAGAUGAAGACAACUUCCCAAUUUCAUUUCUACAUAAAAGUAGUAGAACUGAAGCGGGAGAAAAGAUUGACAUGGAAACAAGUAAAACAGGCAACAAGAAGACAGAAGAUGAUGGCACUUGCAUUAUUGAUCCAAAAAGUAAAGCUGAUGCUGUUGUUGUAGAUGGUGAGCCAGAAAGGGGAAUCGACCUGCCAUCUGGUUCCUUCCUUUGCUCUGAUGGAGUGGGCUCUGAGAACAGCUUUGAACUGAAGAGGGAAAGGAAAGAAAGGUCCAGUGAGGGGAAGACUCUUAAAACUGUUACUGUUUAUUGUUACAAUGCCCACAAUGAGGAGAAAUUGCAGUACACAGGAGAAAAGACUCAAAAGCCAGACACUGAUAAGGAAUCUGACCUGCCAUAUAAUUCCUUACCCCCUUCUAAUGAAGUGGGCUUUGAAAACCACAUGAAGUCAAAGAAGAAAAGGAAAGAAAGAACAAAGGGAAAAACUCUCAUGUCGGGCGUUGUUAACCAUAGUAAUUCCCUGAAAGAUCAUGAAGUCCUGCAAGACAAAGCAGAGGAUCAGAAGCCAGCCACUGAAAAGGAAACUGACUGGUGUCUGCCUUCUACUGAAGCUGGCUCAGAAAAUGGUGCAAAGCCUAAGAAGAGAAGGAAAGAAUGCGCUGCUGACAGAAAAGCUGUUGAAGGCAGUGCAAACUAUAAUAAUGUCCUUAAAGAGGACAAAAUGAAGCAAAAUGGCGCUGCUAGAAAAAGUGUUAGAAGUGAACAAGAUGAAAAGUUUGCCAGCGUUAAGAGUAUUGACAUUGAUUCCAAUCAAGUAGCUGAUGGAGAUCAAUCUGUGGACAAGAAAACUAAAAAGAAAAAAAAGAAGAGUAAAAUUCAGGAGAGUGAGGGAAAUAUGAAUAAAGAUGCACCUUCCUUGACAACAGAAGAAAAGAACGACUCCAUUAUGGGAUUUGAGGACAAGAAUGUGGAAGCCAAGUCAUCUCAAGUGAGGACCUUAUCAAAUGGAUUGGUCAUUGAAGAGCUAGAAAUGGGUAACCCUGAUGGCAAAAUAGCUGCUUUGGGGAAAAAGGUCAAAGUCCAUUAUAUCGGCAAGUUAAGGGAGAAUGGACAAAUAUUUGACACAAAUAUCGGCAAAACUCCCUUAAAGUUUCGUCUAGGUGCUGAAGAUGUUAUAGAGGGAUGGAAUAUGGGUCUUAACGGUAUGCGAGUUGGUGACAAAAGAAGGCUCACUAUCCCACCAUUAAUGGGUUAUGGUAGUCAGGGAGCUGGUGAGAAUAUACCGCCAAACUCUUGGCUCGUAUAUGAGGUUGAAUUGGUUGGCAUCCGUUGAUGGUUCUCUUCUCUGUUGUUUUCGUUGCCAUCCUCGUCUUUAUGUUCGAAACUUUAUAAAGUAGGACAAAAGGGGUACCAAAGUAAUGGUCAAUCCACACCCCAAAAAACAAAAGGUGUAUUUGUCAGUGUUUGGAAAGUUGUUAUUUUAAUAGGUUAUUUUAAUUUUUGACUA